AGCCCUACUAGUUCUUCCCUCGCGUUCACUCCCCAGCGUGGGAAAAUCCCGGAAUUUUCUUGUUUGUCCACUGGUUUUCUUGCGCCAAAACCAGGUUUCUCCCCGUUGCCGUGGCAGAACUCUGUUCUUGCCCAGUCUAGAAGAUCUGCACCGUUCCAACCACCGACUCCGGCCGCCAAGCAUAUAGCCAGCGCGGCGAAGAAUUCCCAACGCGAAAGCCAAAACCUCUUCACUUCACUUCACGUCGACACGUGCGGGGAGAAUAUGCGCGCGACAAUCCCAGCCCUGUCGCUCCUGGUGACGCCGCGGCUCCCCUCGCUCGCCGUGCCGCUGGCUGGAGGCCGCCUCCGCGUGGGCGGUCGUUCUCGGACCCGCCUCCGCGUGGCGGCGCCGACGUCCGUCCCAGGGGAAGCGGCGGAGCAGGCGGAGCCGAGCACGUCGGCGCCCGAGUCCGGCGAGAAGUUCUCGUGGAGGGAUCACUGGUACCCGGUCUCCCUCGUCGAGGACCUCGACCCCAGCCGCCCCACCCCGUUCCAGCUCCUCAACCGCGACCUCGUCAUCUGGAAGGAACCCAAGUCCGGCGAGUGGGUCGCGCUCGACGACCGCUGCCCCCACCGCCUUGCCCCGCUCUCGGAGGGCAGGAUCGAUGAGACGGGGUGCUUGCAGUGCUCGUAUCACGGAUGGUCAUUCGAUGGCUCCGGCGCCUGCACCAAGAUCCCCCAGGCCAUGCCCGAGGGUCCUGAGGCCCGUGCGGUGCGGUCACCGAAGGCGUGCGCGAUCAAGUUCCCCACCCUCGUCUCCCAGGGGCUGCUCUUCGUGUGGCCCGAUGAGAAUGGGUGGGAGAAAGCGGCCGCCACCAAGCCUCCAAUGUUGCCGAAAGAAUUUGAGGACCCGGCCUUCUCCACGGUGACAAUCCAGAGGGACUUGUUCUAUGGUUAUGAUACGUUGAUGGAGAACGUCUCUGAUCCGUCCCAUAUAGAAUUUGCUCACCACAAGGUUACUGGACGAAGAGAUAGAGCCAGGCCUUUGACAUUCAGGAUGGAAUCAAGUGGUGCCUGGGGUUACUCAGGAGCAAAUUCUGGUAAUCCUCGCAUUACUGCAACUUUUGAGGCCCCUUGUUAUGCAUUAAACAAAAUAGAGAUAGACACAAAGUUACCCAUUUUUGGCGACCAGAAAUGGGUCAUAUGGAUUUGCUCUUUCAACAUUCCAAUGGCCCCAGGGAAGACUCGUUCUAUUGUCUGUAGCGCUCGAAACUUUUUCCAGUUCACAAUGCCAGGAAAAGCAUGGUGGCAGCUUGUUCCUCGAUGGUAUGAACAUUGGACUUCAAAUUUGGUCUAUGAUGGCGAUAUGAUCGUUCUUCAAGGCCAGGAGAAGAUUUUCCUAGCUGCAACCAAGGAGUCUUCUACGGAUAUUAAUCAGCAGUACACAAAGAUCACAUUCACGCCCACACAAGCUGAUCGAUUUGUUUUAGCAUUCCGCACGUGGCUAAGGAAAUUUGGCAAUAGCCAGCCGGAGUGGUUUGGAAAUCCUACACAAGAAGCAUUGCCUUCCACCGUCCUUUCAAAGCGCGAGAUGCUAGACAGAUACGAGCAGCACACGUUGAAAUGCUCGUCUUGCAAAGGAGCAUAUAAUGCUUUCCAGAAUCUGCAGAAGGUAUUCAUGGGAGCGACAGUAGUUUGCUGUGCUGCCGCUGGUAUUCCUCCAGAUGUUCAGCUCAGGCUAUUGAUCGGUGCGGCUGCUUUGGUCAGUGCCGCUAUAGCAUACGCAUUCCAUGAGCUCCAGAAGAAUUUUGUAUUCGUGGAUUACGUGCAUGCUGACAUUGAUUGAAAGAUUCGUGAGGAUCUGUUGUGUCGACAUCACUCGCUCGCGAGUCGUGUCUGUAGUCUAGGGCUCUAGGCGUCUAGGUAGGGAAAGUAACUUUUUGCCGGGUAUAGGUCAUAUUGCUCACAUAUGUAUUUUGUAUAGUGUAUGCACUCAACUGUAGCCGAUGCAGUGCGAAAAUAUAGUUUUUAUGUUAUUAUCUAUUGGAUUAAAAUUGUCUCCAGAUCCUUUUAGCAUGUAAAAUGCCAUUUUUCAAAUG